AUGCUGCCCCGUCAUCCCCGUGGAAGAGGGGGGUUUGCUACAAGAGGCCCUCCGAGAAAAAGCCCAAGUCCAAGUCCGAGCCCUCUAGAAACAAACGAGUUCUUCCCUAGUCUCUUAGAUGUGCUCAAAGUGCGAUACACGCUACAAUGGAAACUCAGAGAAGGAUUUCCUGUGGAGUUGAUUGAUGAAAUCAUCGAUGAUGCUGAGUACUGGCCCUCGACAGAGCAUCACAUGGAGGAAGGAGACCAACACACAGUGAUUGGGACCGAUCGGGAUCAGGUUCUAUUGAAAACCGUUCCUCUUUGCUAUGAUCGCAAGAACCUCGAACAACCAUCACCCAAGCAGCUCCCUCACCGUGGAUCUCAUCCAUGCCGUAAAAUCGUUUUUCAUUUGUCCUCGCAUGACCAGGGCUCCUCGGGCUCAUUCAAUGAGGAGAUGUAUUCGGCGUCAUGGACUUGGUUCGAUAUUGAAGUCAUCCGUGGCGCACACAAGCGCAAUAUGUAUGUGAAUGGUGAAGAGCAAGAGUUAUUGGAGGACGAGCGAGGUCACGUCCGUCGACACUUUGAGCCAAAUGAUGAACUUCUGCUUCCGCGACAAACUAAGCUGCAAGUAAAUGGCAAGCAUGUCAGGAAGUUGCAAAACAACACCAUUGUCUGGCACUAUUUGGAUGAUAUCCAGUAUGACUCACAUGAAGCUCAUGAGAUUGAACGGACCAAAGGCCGAGGACAAUCCACUCUAGAUGGACAAUAUGUGCGGGAUUUGGAGGUUGGGGAUUCCAUUGCUCUCUGGGCACGAGCCAGAUUCCCAGGCUGGACUAAUCACGUUUAUCGAGCCCGCGUUCGGGUAUUUUGGGCGGUUUGA